AUUUUUUUUUCCUCUCUCUCUCCCCCCGACGAGCAACGGAAACGGCGCGAGACAGCUACACCAGUAAUUUAAAACGCCAAUUUAAUAAGGGAGAAAAGUGUGAGACACCGAUGGACUACUGUUUUUUAAUCGGAAGGAAGAUACUAUAACGCUGUUAGUUUCUUGUGUUUUCGGGAGGGCUGCAUUUUAAUUUCCGAUUUUGUUUUAGAGUUUUUUUUUCUUUUGAGCCAAUGCUCAGCUUGUGAAAGCAUUGGAGAGGGCAACGCCUGCUUCUCGGCGAAACACUGAAGGUAUGCGAGGACACCACGGGAUCAGGCCUUUAAUUUUGCCCGUUAUUUUAUUUCGGGACUCGAGUUACCGUCAUUAGGGUGUUCUUCUGUUUUCAUCUCGGUUUUGUAACAUUCGCUGCUUGCUUUCCCAUGUGAGAGAGUCGGUGACCAACGCCUUUUUACCCCCACACCCUCCGACUGCUCUUCAUUAUUUUUUUUUUCUGUCCAAGCCCGGCAAUCCCUCAGCCGUUGUCUUGGGAGAGAGUUUUUUUUCCCCCCUCCCCCGUCACUCGCUAAUUUUUUGGGGUCUUGGGAAUCUGGGGCUACCGAGAUGGGGUGCACGCUCAGCGCCGAGGACAAAGCCGCGGUGGAGAGGAGCAAGAUGAUCGACCGCAACCUGCGGGAGGACGGGGAGAAGGCCGCCCGGGAGGUGAAGUUGCUCCUGCUUGGAGCUGGAGAGUCUGGGAAAAGCACAAUAGUAAAGCAGAUGAAAAUUAUUCACGAGGAUGGUUAUUCGGAGGAGGAGUGCAAGCAAUACAAAGUGGUUGUGUACAGCAACACCAUCCAGUCUAUCAUUGCCAUAAUCAGAGCCAUGGGGAGGCUAAAGAUAGACUUCGGAGACCCUGCUAGAGCGGACGAUGCCCGUCAGUUGUUUGUGCUGGCAGGAACAGCGGAGGAGGGGAUAAUGACUGCCGAGCUGGCUGGUGUGAUCAGGAGACUAUGGAAGGAUGGUGGUGUCCAGACCUGUUUCAGCAGAUCCAGAGAAUAUCAGCUCAAUGACUCUGCCUCAUAUUACCUCAAUGACCUGGACAGGAUAUCGCAGCAAAACUACAUCCCAACACAGCAAGAUGUGCUCCGUACCCGAGUGAAGACCACAGGCAUAGUGGAGACUCACUUCACUUUCAAGGACCUCUAUUUCAAGAUGUUUGAUGUGGGUGGUCAGCGAUCGGAGCGAAAGAAGUGGAUUCACUGUUUUGAAGGUGUUACAGCCAUAAUAUUUUGUGUGGCGCUCAGCGACUAUGACCUCGUUCUCGCAGAGGAUGAAGAGAUGAACCGCAUGCAUGAGAGCAUGAAGCUGUUUGACAGUAUUUGCAACAAUAAGUGGUUCACGGACACAUCUAUUAUCCUGUUCCUCAACAAGAAAGACCUGUUUGAGGAGAAGAUCAAGAGGAGCCCCCUCACAAUCUGUUACCCUGAGUAUUCAGGUUCCAACACGUACGAAGAAGCUGCAGCGUAUAUUCAGUGCCAGUUUGAAGAUCUCAACAGACGGAAGGACACCAAGGAGAUUUACACACACUUCACCUGCGCCACGGAUACGAAAAAUGUGCAGUUUGUGUUUGACGCAGUGACGGAUGUCAUCAUCAAAAACAACCUGAAAGAGUGUGGUCUCUACUGAGACUGCCGACAGAUCUUGCAGUUUCUCCAGUGUGAAGCAUGUAAAUUGGAGAAUGAUCACUGUUUUUAUCUGCAAAGGACAGCUGCAGGCUCACAGAAGGACCAAAUGGAAACUGACAUGCUGCAUGCAGAAUCCUUGUAUUCUUAAAUGCCAAAUUCUGCAUUUUGGAUUUAUUUUAACUCUUAACAUAUGAGGUUAAAGCAGAUUGGAAUAAACUGUAAAUAAAAUGUUAUCUUCCUCUGAACUUUGGGACUUCACCAUUCCACACAGUUUUUUUCUCCUUCAAAACACGAGGAUAAAAAGUGACACAUUUCCUAAGGAGUUUAGCUGUGUAAUUAGCAAAGGGAUGGAGAGUACUUAAAGAAGUCUAUCCUUUGAGCAGAGUUGUAGAAAUCUCAGUUCAAAUGGCUUAUUUUGCCCAUUUAAACUUGUGGUGUUGAGCCAGAGAGAACCACUUUCCUAUGCACAGUGACCAAAAUGGAUUUUCUCCUGUGAUAUUUGGUUCAAACCAUAUUGUAGACUGUUAGAAAAUAUUUUUAAACAGCAUUCACUAGGUUUUAUAUAUAUUCAGACCACUGUUCCAUUUAGCCUUCACUUGUUCAUAAUUUCAACUGUUCCUUCUAGAUGCCAUGUCCUCUAGCACUGUUAACACUACAUGAUGAGUUCAUUUAUCAAGUCCAUUCCAGUGUCUGUGCACUUUCCUCACUGUUCAUCUGCUCACUUAAUAAAUGUGAUCAUCCCUUUGGCAUUUUGUGCCAUUGAUUCACCAAAUGAAUUAGAUCAUUUUGUGCCAUACGUCCCUCUGAAAAGUAUUAGAAUCAUUUCUAUAGCAGCACAACGUAUUUGUGGGUAAUGAAUAAUCUUGUUUAAACCUCCCUGGAGCAACUUUGGAUGUUCUGGAUGCUCUUUGCAUGUUUCUGUCCACUUGAUGUGUGGGAAGUUUAUAAUGAGAAUAAGCACACUCUUCACCUAGGCAGCGUUGUUAAUUUUGGACUGUUGAGGAAAAACAUUAAUUGAUUCUGAUGUUGAGAACGAACACUGAUGGUGAGAGUUUCCCUCUGCCAAAAGGGACCACUUGCUACUAACUGUUUUUAUGUUUUUGAGUCUUGUCCACAUUUUGUUAGAGUUGCAUUUUCAGGCAAAGUGUUAAAGUGCUCAUGAGAUUUUAAAAAUGGUUUGGACUGAUUUCUACAUUACAGCUUAAUUGUAUGCAUCAAGACAUUUUGCAACUGUCAUGAGGCUUCUCUUCUGCCUUAUUAAAAUUGCAUGGAUGACUUAGUAUUCACUGUUUGAUAUUUUAAACCUUUUUAACCAUUUUCCAGGGCAUUGAAAUCAAUACUUCCCAGUGUUUAAUUUUCAACUUUGUAUUUCCUAGCAAUGUGAGGACUGCAUAUUUGUAAAACUUUCACUCCAGUAUCAUAGAUGUUCUGCCUUCAAUUUAAUAGAACACCAUGUUAAAAUACAUCUCCAUAAACUGUAACAAAUUUUAAGAAUCGUAUUUUAGAAAUGGGGGAACAAACCUGAAAUGCUGUAUUAUGGAGUGCUGUGCAGUAGUGUCGCAGUGGAGUGUUUUAACUUAAAAUGAAUUUCAGCUUGGAAUAUACUGAGUAAUCAUGAUGUUUUUUUUUAACAAUUUUGUAUGAAUUUUACAUUGUAAUGGUUUCUGGGCCAACAGCAUGCCUUGAUCUUGUAAAAUUCCUCAAUAACCAGUGCCAUUGUUAACUGUAGCAUGUUCCACCUUUUUGUUCCAAAUGCAUUCCUUUGAUUGGUUUGACUCAUUCAGUCAAUUUGAAUUUGUACAGGCUUACUGUUUACUUUGGCAAUAUUAAAUGGUGGUGAUAGGC